AUGGCUCAAGCCCAUGAUAAAUUGGUUCGUCCUAGGACUUUCAAGGUUGGCGACUUGGUCCUAGUUCUUCGCAGAUCGAUUAUAGCCCAUCGCAAAAUAGGUGGCAAGUUCGAACCUACUUUGGAAGGCCCUUUUGUGGUAGAGAAGGCCUAUCAAGGUGGAUCUUACCAGUUGAUUGAUUGUAAUGGUGAACGUCCUAUAUGCUCUACUGAUAACAUUAUUCUUGCUGCUGAAUUACUUAGAGACUUCAAAGGCCCCAAUAAAAAAAUUUGUGCUAAACUUGAUGUCAAAAAAGCUUUUGACACGGUCUCUAGGGAAUUUAUUAUUGCUAGACUUAUACAGAAGGGUUUUCCGGAGAUUUUUGUCGCUUGGAUAAAAGGUUGUAUUAGCGACGUUCAUUACUCCAUUUGCUUGAAUGGAUCCCUUGAGGGGUUUUUUAAAUCCAGUUCGGGCUUGAGGCAAGGUUGUCCACUAUCCUCUCUCCUUUUCUGUAUUGCAAUGGAUUGUUUAUCCAAUAUCCUGAUUGACCCUUCUGGCGCACCCACUUUCAAAGGCAUUAGAUGCAAAGAUUUCUACAUCAAUCACUUGAUGUAUGCUGAUGACCUGCUGGUCUUGGGAGAGUCUUCUAGAGAAAAUGCCACUCAUAUGAAUAAUUGCUUGCAACUUUUUGCUUCACUUUCGGGACUCCAAAUUAAUACUAAUAAAAGUGCUAUCAUCUUCUCUCAUCAUGAUUCGGAAAAUCAAAAUAUCUGCCAGGAGCUGGGCAUUCUUAAUGUCAAUCUUCAUCUUACUUAUUUGGGUAUCCCCAUAUCGCCUAAAAGACUCAAAGUUUCUCACUUUCAACCACUUCUGAGCAAAAUUUUUGCUCUACUUGCUGGUUGGAAAAACAAAUUUCUUUCUUUUGCAGGUAGGGUUCAAUUCCUCAAAUUUACAAUCACCAACUCUAUUGCUUAUUGGAUAAGGGGUUCGAUCAUACCUAAGGGUUGUUGUACUAUCAUAAACAAACUUUGCUCCAAGUUUCUUUUUCACAACAACUUGUUGGAGAGAAAACUUCACCUCAUCUCUUGGUCUAAUGUUACCAUUCCAAAAUAUGCUGGAGGCCUUGGUAUUCCUUCUUUUGAUGCUUUGUAUUUCGGUGUCUGCUGUUCCAUUAUUGGAAGAUUUUAUAACAACCAAAAUCUGCUGUGCUGCUGGUUUCAAUCUAAGUACAUCAUGCCGUGGAAGAAUCCUCCUUCUACCACUUCAAAAUUUUGGCAUAAAAUCUCUGCAACUGUUUAUAAAAUCAAAGAGAAACUAUCUUUUCCGGUGUCAAAAAACUGUAACUGCUCAUUCCUCUGGGACCCGUGGCUCAAUGGGAAACCUAUAUGUGACACUUUUCAACUUCCGGUCUUGGAAGCUGCUCGGGUGAGCGAUUUUAUUUUGGGUAAUAACUGGCAGCUGCCUCCUUUAAUACCUCAAAGUCUAUGUGAUAGCAUUAAGGCCGUGAAUAUACUAGAUAAUACUGGAAUUUUAUGGGAGGGGUCUACUAAAUGGGUUUUUAGAAACUUCAUUCAACACUUUUAUUCUGGCAUUCCUAAGGCUGACUGGUAUAUUUCUAUUUGGCAUAAAAACCAUGCUCUCAAGUAUGCAUGUUUUACUUGGAUGGCUAGAAUUGGAAAAUUGAAAACUGCAGAUAAUCUGAUUAUGAGGGGUAUCCAGACCUGGGGAAAAGUUUUUUGGGAAUGCUGUUUUCAUUCCAUAAUGCUUGAGGAUACCUUGCAUAAAAUUUCCUGGGUAUACCGCAAAGACUAUAACUGGUAUUGGAGGACGCUUGGCUUACAGACUAUGAUGAGCAAGGGCAGUCUCUCCGAGCCAUGGAGGGCCCCUGCGGCAACCUGGCUCGCUUUUGUGGAUUCUCAAACUCAGGUUGGAGGUACUGUGAUGGCCGCUAUUGCUGGAAUUUACUACAUACUUUGCCUGUCUUUUGGGCAACCGGCGCCACCGCUUGAAUUUCUCGUAUACGCUAUCAGACAUAUCUUGAUGAAUGAGACUUGUCCUAAAUUCUGA